GCAACCCAGUUUUUCGACAACAAAGAAGAAAAGCAUUGAGCGUGUCUCACCACACAUCGAUUAUAGAUAACCGAAAAGAGGAAAAGGAAUGAUUCCUGUUUUGUGCCGGAUACAUGCCGACGUUGAAUUUACAAGCUCUCAACCACAGCUAACAUUCUGGUACUUUGACAGUCAAUUUUUGUGGAGAGAAUAAUUGCCGAGUCAAUAAAGGUUUUCCUUAUUGAAGAAUCAUGGAAGCAAAAGAGAAACAAGAUCAACAAGAUGAAGGGAAAAGGAAGAAGCCUUUCAUUGGACAAGAUGUGAUAGCAUGGUUCCUUGGUGUCCUCUUUAUCACUGCCCUGCUCAUAGCAGUGAAGUUCCUUGGUGAAGCCAGAGGAUGGGAUGCGGAUUCGGGAUAUACACACAACACCAGCGAGACUUCCUCAGAGCGCUUCCUUUCGGAGCCCUUCGUGGAGGAGCCUGGCGUCCUCGGCCGAUGCGGCAGAGGAGCAACAUCACGAUGGUACUACUGGAAACUGAAACCCGAAGAAGUGACAACUCUCUCCAGGGUGAUUCCUUGGCUUUGCUACACCUUGCAUCAACUAUUCGUCUGGUCUUGCAUCUACUACGCCCAGAAGAAGAAGACGGUGUACGCUGACCCCGACGUCCCCCGUUACUCGUCCAACAUGAAAACCUUCAACUGGGUCGCCUUGAUCGGGAACAUGGUGUUCCACCUGAUUCACCUUGGACAGACCCAUUGGACAUACGAUUCUCUGGCUCAAGAUGUCUCAAGUCCGAGCAACAUUGGCUCCGCCAUCAUCAUCCUCAUCUUUGUCUUGAUGCUCGAAUACAGGAACCGCGGAAUGGCAUUCGGGUGGCCAUCCCAGGAUGAUAAGGGUAAGAUCAGCAACAGGAUGAGGCUUCCCUGGGGUCCACAGGCUAUGAUCCGCAAGUACCAUGGCUACAUCUUUGCCUGGGGAGCCGUCUUCACAUUCUGGCAUCACCCCAUGGAGAACACCAUCGGCCAUGUGAUGGGAUUCGUCCACACCUGGAUGUUCUUACUGCAGGGUAGUCUGAUGUUCACCAAGGUCCACCUCAACCGUUACUGGCGCUUCCUCCUUGAAGCUUGGGUGAUCAUCCACGGUACAGUGGUAGCUUGGCAGACAGGGAACUACCUCCCGACCCUCUAUCCCAUGUUCAUGUUCGGCUUCCUCUGGUUGUUGGUCAUGACGCAGCUCUUUGGAUUACCAUUCUGGCAGAGCCUCCCAAAGUGGAGUCGCUUCAUACCCUUCGCCAUCUACCUCAUCACAGGCAUAUGCAUCUAUGGAUUUGUAUUACCAGACGGUGAUGGAAACUAUUGGUCACGGCUCAACGAAAUGGUGCGGAUUCCCGCCAUCGAGUACUUUGGUAUCCUCUUUGGUUGGGUGGUCAUGUGGUUCUUCACGUGGAUUGAGGAAAAGAUGAAAGGCGACAAGUACAACGAGCCAUUCCAACCUCCGAGCACCAUCGUUGAGAUCCUCUACAUCUGCGGUGUUGUCUUCACCUACGCAAUCAUGAUGGCCGUUUCCAUUCUUGUCCAGUAUCUUGACUGGCAGACGGGCAUCAUCACUCUCUUAAUGUUCUUCAUGCUCUUCUUCACGCUUGGUGUUGCCGUGACUUGCAUGCUGCUACGGCAAAUUAUCAGACCGGUUAAUGACAGACAUAUUGUCGAAGUGAAACAGGUGUCACCCACGAAAGUUGAACCUGCUUUUGUUAAUGAAGCAUUUAACCCUGAUGAUACGGCGGACAGUUUGCCUAAGAAGUCAACCCCAAAUGAUAUGAAAGUAUGAGCUACCCCACACCAUAUAUCUAUAUCUAAUUUGACUGGGCAUAGUGGUUCCAUGAUAGGACACUCGCAUCAUGAACAGGAAUGUUGUUGAUUCAACACUAAGAGGGCGAUACUAAAGACCUGUAUAGAUGAGGGGCCUUCUGCCCGGUAGCUAGAUCGAUGCUCAGAUUUUGCCACAGAUUGAAGGAGAGUUGUAGUAAAUUAUUAAUAUCAUGCAGGUGUCUGCUGGUACAACAGGGC